UCCAAGUCACUGCUGCUAGGCUUAAUAUCUGUAUCCAAGUCACUGCUGCUAGGCUUGAUAUCUGUAUCCAAGUCACUGCUGCUCGGCUUAAUAUCUGUAUCCAAGUCACUGCUGCUAGGCUUGAUAUCUGUAUCCAAGUCACUGCUGCUAGGCUUGAUAUCUGUAUCCAAGUCACUGCUGCUAGGCUUGAUAUCUGUAUCCAAGUCACUGCUGCUCGGCUUGAUAUCUGUAUCCAAGUCACUGCUGCUAGGCUUGAUAUCUGUAUCCAAGUCACUGCUGCUAGGCUUGAUAUCUGUAUCCAAGUCACUGCUGCUAGGCUUGAUAUCUGUAUCCAAGUCACUGCUGCUAGGCUUGAUAUCUGUAUCCAAGUCACUGCUGCUCGGCUUGUUAUCUGUAUCCAAGUCACUGCUGCUAGGCUUGAUAUCUGUAUCCAAGUCACUGCUGCUCGGCUUGAUAUCUGCCACCCAUUGAUGGACUGUUCAACUUCAUGGACUCCAAUCCCGUGUCUCAAAUGGCACCCGAUUCCCUUUAUAGUACACUACUUGACUUGAGCCCUAUAUAGGGAAUAGGGUGCAAUUUGGGGCUCAGUCCUGCUCACCUCACCACUUCAGACGCUAGCUACAGCCAACACUGGGUUUCAGAUGCUAGCUACAGGGGAACACCGGGUUUCAGACGCUAGCUGCAGGCAACACCAGGUUUCAGACGCUAGCUACAGGCAACACCAGGUUUCAGACGCUAGCUACAGACAACACCAGGUUUCAGACGCUAGCUACAGGCAACACCAGGUUUCAGACGCUAGCUGCAGACUACACCAGGUUUCAGACGCUAGCUACAGACAACACCAGGUUUCAGAUGCUAGCUACAGACAACACCAGGUUUCAGAUGCUAGCUACAGACAACACCAGGUUUCAGACGCUAGCUACAGACAACACCAGGUUUCAGACGCUAGCUACAGACAACACCAGGUUUCAGACGCUAGCUACAGACAACACCAGGUUUCAGACGCUAGCUACAGGCAACACCAGGUUUCAGACGCUAGCUGCAGACUACACCAGGUUUCAGAUGCUAGCUGCAGACUACACCAGGUUUCAGAUGCUAGCUACAGACAACACCAGGUUUCAGACGCUAGCUGCAGACAACACCAGGUUUCAGACGCUAGCUGCAGACUACACCAGGUUUCAGAUGCUAGCUGCAGACUACACCAGGUUUCAGAUGCUAGCUACAGACAACACCAGGUUUCAGACGCUAGCUACAGGCAACACCAGGUUUCAGAUGCUAGCUGCAGGCAACACCAGGUUUCAGACGCUAGCUGCAGGCAACACCAGGUUUCAGACGCUAGCUACAGGCAACACCAGGUUUCAGACGCUAGCUACAGACAACACCAGGUUUCAGACGCUAGCUGCAGGCAACACCAGGUUUCAGACGCUAGCUGCAGACAACACCAGGUUUCAGAUGCUAGCUGCAGGCAACACCAGGUUUCAGACGCUAGCUACAGACAACACCAGGUUUCAGACGCUAGCUACAGACAACACCAGGUUUCAGACGCUAGCUACAGGCAACACCAGGUUUCAGAUGCUAGCUGCAGGCAACACCAGGUUUCAGAUGCUAGCUGCAGGCAACACCAGGUUUCAGACGCUAGCUACAGACAACACCAGGUUUCAGACGCUAGCUGCAGGCAACACCAGGUUUCAGACGCUAGCUACAGGCAACACCAGGUUUCAGACGCUAGCUACAGGCAACACCAGGUUUCAGACGCUAGCUACAGACAACACCAGGUUUCAGACGCUAGCUACAGACAACACCAGGUUUCAGACGCUAGCUACAGGCAACACCAGGUUUCAGACGCUAGCUACAGGCAACACCAGGUUUCAGACGCUAGCUACAGGCAACACCAGGUUUCAGACGCUAGCUACAGGCAACACCAGGUUUCAGACGCUAGCUACAGGCAACACCAGGUUUCAGACGCUAGCUACAGACAACACCAGGUUUCAGACGCUAGCUACAGGCAACACCAGGUUUCAGACGUUAGCUACAGACAACACCAGGUUCAGGACGCUAGCUACAGGCAACACCAGGUUUCAGACGCUAGCUACAGGCAACACCAGGUUUCAGACGCUAGCUACAGGCAACACCAGGUUUCAGACGCUAGCUACAGGCAACACCAGGUUUCAGACGCUAGCUACAGACAACACCAGGUUCAGGACGCUAGCUACAGGCAACACCAGGUUCAGGACGCUAGCUACAGACAACACCAGGUUUCAGACGCUAGCUACAGACAACACCAGGUUCAGGACGCUAGCUACAGGCAACACCAGGUUUAGGACGCUAGCUACAGGCAACACCAGGUUUCAGACGCUAGCUGCAGACUACACCAGGUUUCAGGCAGGAACGAAAGGCGUUAUUGUUGUGCUUUGAAACCAGUUUCCCCGAGUGCUUUUGUUCAGGCUUUAAAAGCUAGCGCGGUUCCAUUCUGUUCAGUCAGUGAUUUUUCUCAAAAGUUACCCUAUUCCCUACAUAGGGCUCUGGUCAAAAGUAGUAGACUAUGUGUCCUAUUCGACUUGGUCAAAAGUAGUGUACUACAUAGGGAAUAGGGUGCCAAUUAGGAUGCCUUCCAGAGAAUAAAGACACAGUGUUUCAAAAGCAGCGAUUAACGUCAGGUUGCAAUGGGCUAUUAGAGAGAACACACACACACACACACACACACACACACACACACACACACACACACACACACACACAC